AUGAGCUUAGUCCAGAACCAAAUCUUGCUUCUUAGUUUUGCUGCGGUUGUUUCUUUGUUCGGUUUCUUUACUUCUCAUCAUGUUCCGCUUUCUGCUUAUCUACUAAUAUGGGCCAUCUUCCAUUCCUGUGAGUACCUUUGUACGGCUAUGUAUCUGAGGCGAACCUUGACUCCAUACUCUUUCUUGGUAUACGGCGCCACAGGAUCUACCCACUUGAUGGCCGUUCAUCUUUUAAGUAUCAUGGAGCAUAUUGUCACUUCUCGGAGAUGGGGAAACCAUGGUCAAGUUUUCAUGGGCAUACCUGUGUCUUUAGCUGGCAUAGCCAUUCGAGAUCUAGCCAUCAAAAGUUGCGGCGACUCUUUUUCCCACUAUAUAGAAACACAGGGAACUCACCGUUUGGUGACAAACGGAAUCUACUCUUUCUGCCGGCAUCCUAGCUACUUGGGAUUCCUCAUCUACGUGUUAGGGAUGCAAAUGAUCUUGGGCAAUAAGAUAAUGCUAGUUUUUAGCGUCAGUGUAUUAGCUUGGUUUUUCUUCAAGAGGAUUCGCUUGGAGGAGUGGUUUCUAGUCCACAGAAUCUUCGGAGAAGCGUAUGUCCGAUAUCAACAGGAAGUACCUGCCCUAAUACCCGGUAUUUACUAA